AUGGCACUUUCCCCCUCAGUUACACAUGCCUUACCAGCCGUCACAUUGUCCUCCCGUGAAGCAGCGAAGUUGAAGGAUCCUCUCUCCCAGUCAUCUGCUAAAAGAGAAGAUUCUACUCCUGCACCUCAACCAAAUGUUGAUCGCGAGCUGACAGAGCUCUUGAAUGAUGAUAUUCGACAAAAAUACUAUAAAGAUAAGAAGCUUGGUGAGGGUACCUAUGCCGUUGUAUACCUUGGGCAUCUUCGAAAGGAUCCAUCAUCCCUCGUUGCCAUCAAGAAAAUCAAAAUUAACGCUGAAUACAAGGAUGGACUUUCCAUGGACGCCAUUCGUGAAGUUAAGUAUCUGCAAGAGUUGUCGCAUCCUAAUAUAAUAGCACUUCACGAUGUUUUCUCUUCCAAAGAUCAAAAUCUCAAUCUAGUCCUGGAAUAUCUGCCGCGGGGAGAUUUGGAGAUGCUCAUCAAAGAUGAGAAUAUCCAUUACGGUGCUGCCGAUGUGAAGGCCUGGAUGGGAAUGCUCUCUCGGGGAGUCUGGUUCUGCCAUGAGAAUUUCGUGCUUCAUCGGGACAUCAAGCCAAAUAAUCUCCUUAUUGCUAGUGAUGGGGAGGUUAAGCUGGCUGAUUUUGGUUUGGCUAGAUCCUUUGCUGACCCAUACCUUAACAUGACAUACCAGGUCAUUACUCGUUGGUAUCGACCUCCCGAGUUGCUAUAUGGUGCUCGUCAUUAUUCCGGUGCUGUUGAUGUGUGGUCCAUGGGAAUGGUCUUUGCUGAGCUUCUCCUCAGAGUUCCAUUUGUUGCCGGAAACUCCGAUCUUGACCAAAUCUCGAAAAUAUGCGAAGCUUUUGGCACGCCGACAGAGGAGAACUGGCCGGGUGUCAGUAGACUUCCCAACUAUAUUCCUUCGGACAAUCGCAACAUUGUUCCCUUACAGGGUCGUGAUUUCUUCUUAAGACAAUUUCCCACUGCCGGCCCAAUCGGCGCGGAUUUGCUCAUGUCAAUGUGCACGCUGGAUCCGAGAAAGCGGAGCACAGCCUGCCAAGUUUUACAACACGGUUGGUGGUCAACGGAACCAAGGCCCACUGCUAAAAGCGACCUCCCUCGAAAAUCAGGUGGAGUCAAGAAGAUGGGCGAUGAUCUUACUAGGCGAGGCGGGGAUAUUGACGAUGCCGCAUUCAAGAAUGCGGCAAGACAGCUUGAUUUCUCCGCGAUCAGCCACUGA